UGUCUUCAUACCAUUGGCAGACUUGGAAACUUUCAUUAGCAGUCAACUAACUUCCUCCUCGGGCAAGCUGGUCAGUUCACGGUGCACCACAGGAAAAUAGAUUCCAGCUCAUGAGAGAAGUAAUAAAAAGAAGUCUCUGAGAUGACCGACUUUGCUACCAUGUCUUCAUACCAUUGUAGACUUGGAAACUUUCAAUAGUAGUCAACUAACUUCCUCCUCGGGCAAGCUGGUCAGUUCACGGUGCACCACAGGAAAAUUGGCAAGCGUGUAUUUUUUUCAAACAGGCUUGGAAAAGUUGAACGUAGCCAAAAUUCUAGGCGUGAUUCACAGGGAACAGUUUUCCACAGGUUUGAAAAUCUUGCAGAGGUUAGGCAGCCCAAAGCCAAUUUCUUUGUAUAUAAAGGGUUUCUCUUCUCACCAAACUUGCAUUCCCAUAACAGACUUUCUUCUAGACUUCUAGACUCCAUAACCAUGGCGAUGACAAGCAGGCUUGUGUUUCUCAUUGCAUUUCUUGUGGCCUCCUCCUGCACCACAGAGGCCAUGAAGAAGAAGAAGGUCACCAACAUCCAAUUCUACAUGCAUGAUAUUGUCAGUGGCCCGAACCCGACUGCUGUCAAGGUUGCUGGCCAGUUGACCAAUUCCACGAGCUCAAAUUGGAUUGCAUCCACGUUUGGAUCCAUUUAUGUGAUAGACGACCCGCUCACAGCCACACCCCAGAUGAAUUCCACGCUGAUGGGGCGCGCUCAAGGCAUCUACGCCAUGGCAUCACAGCAGGAUGAGUUUAGCCUCCUCAUGACGAUUACAUAUGGAUUUGUCAGUGGACGCUAUAAUGGGAGCUCAUUUAGCGUGGUGGGCCGGAAUCCGGUGAUGAAUGAAGUGAGGGAGAUGCCGAUUGUUGGAGGAACCGGGAUUUUCCGGCUAGCUAGCGGAUACUGCUUGGCACAUACCUACUCCAUGAAUGAAAUGGAUGCAGUGAUAGGAUACAAUGCGACCUUGAUUCACUAUUAAGCUUUAAACCUACAUGUUAUAAUUUUUGUUAGUCGCAGCCCCAAUAAAUAUUGUAGCAGUGAUAUAUACCAUAUAUAUUGUGAUACGAAAUAUGUUUGGUAAAACAGAAAUACAAAAUAAGGGUAUUGAAAAGGCA